GACGCUGGGCGGGACUUUUGGCUUUGCUUGCAGGGGAUUUCUUUGAAACUUUCUGGAUCUGUCAAUCUGAUUCACAGAAAACUGGUUUCUCCUGCAUUAAUCAUGGCAGGAAAACGGGAGAGUUAGAAGCGUUUGUCCUCUGUCACGGAGACGGAUCUGAGGUUUGUGACGACCUGUAUGACCUGAUCCAGGCUUCGAGUAGGAAUGGCCACGUCCCAGGGCCCCGCCGGCCAGUGGAGCCCGAUGGUGACGGUGGAGGCUCCGGGUGGAGCCUUGUUCCAGGUUUCCCAUUACUCAGUGAAACCUGCCAACCAGGAAGAGGGUUGUGUGUCCUUUGAGGAUGUGGCUGUGUACUUCUCCUGGGAGGAAUGGAAACUGCUCAGUGACUCCCAAAGGCUCCUGUACCAGACUGUGAUGACCGAGAUCUUCGCACUCGUGUCCUCGCUGGGACUUAUACCUUCUGGGAUCCAUGGCGUCACUCAGCUAGAGUCUUGGGGAGAGCCCUCUGUGCCUGCAUUGAGAUACCUGACUCCAGGUUGUUGGAUCAAAGUGGAGAGUGAAACGUCCCCCUUUGAGCAGAGUCUUUCCACAGAAGGAGAUCUUAGUUCAGCCAUGCUCCAACAGCAAAUGCUGACUUCUGCUGAGACACCCUUGCUAAGUGCAGACAAUGCAAUGAUCAUCCAGACUUCCUCAGGUCUUCUCAGGGAUCAGGUGACUUAUACUAUUGGCGAGGCACCCAAGAGCACCGAGAGUGGAGAAGCCAUUCACACCGAGAAGAAAACCUGCAUAUGCAGUGACUGUGGCAAAGUCUUUACUAGUACAUCCCACCUUAAUCGGCACCGGAUGAUACACACGGGGGAAAAGCCUUUUCAGUGCAGCGAAUGUGGGAUGUCCUUCAGCCAAAAAGCCUUUCUUGUUAAGCAUUUCAGAAUUCACACUGGAGAAAAACCUUUUAGGUGCGGUGAAUGUGGCAAAGCCUUCAAGCAUAAUAUCUCCCUCGUUUCUCAUCUGCGAGUGCACACAGGAGAAACGCCCUUUACGUGCAGUGAAUGUGGGAAAUCGUAUAUGACCAGAUCGAACCUUACGCGUCAUUAUCAAAUUCAUAAUGAUGAAAAGCCUUACAAUUGCAGCGAGUGUGGAAAAGCCUUUAAGGAAAAAUCCAGCCUUGUUUAUCACGCCCGAGUGCACACUCGGGAAAGGCCUUUUCAGUGUAGUGAAUGUGGGAAAUCCUUCAGCCAAAAAGCCUUUCUCAUAAAGCAUUUCAGAAUUCACACUGGAGAAAAGCCUUUCAGGUGCGGUGAAUGUGGCAAAGCCUUCAAGCAUAACUGCUUUCUUGUUGCUCAUCAGCGAGUGCACACAGGAGAAACACCAUUUACCUGCAGUGAGUGUGGAAAAUCCUACAUGAACAGAUCAAGCCUUUUGCAUCAUUAUCGAGUUCAUACUGGAGAAAAGCCUUAGAAGUGCAGUGGAUGAGGAAAACUAUUUAAGAAAAAAAAAAAAUCCAGCCUUGUUUAUCAUGUCUGAGUGCACACUGGGGAAAAGGCCUUCUGAAUGUCAUCAAUCUGGGAAGUGUUAAAACAAACAAACAAACAAACAAACAAACAAACACUUCCCACCUCAUGAGAGAUCAAUAAGUUCACAACAGAGGAAAUGAUUUUUAAGUGUAAUGUGUGUAGGAGAUUCUUUACUGUGAGGUUGUGGCCUCAUUAAACAUUAGAGAUUUCACACUGCAGCAAAGCGUUGUGAGUGCAAGGAAUGUGGGGAAGUGUUUUGUUACAGAACCUGACUUUCUAGAAUCUAGAAGAUUCACACCAGGUAGAAUAUAUGUAUUGGGUGCAGUGAAUGGGGAAAAUGAUUUUCAUGGGCUACUGUAUGCACUCAAGAGAAUGCUCACUGGACAAAAAUCAAGAGUGUUUUAAAUGUGAGAAGCCUUCACCCACACCUCCAUCCUGUUGAACUGGAGAGGACACAGUGCUGGGAUGCAUCAUGAACCCACUGACUCUGGGAAAGCCUUUGAGCAAAUGUCUGCUUAUAAUAGUAAUAUCCUAAUAUUCGCACAACCCAGAUAGGUUUGUGAAUGCAGAAAAUGUAGAGAAAAGCUUCAGCCAUUGGCCAACCUUGUUCAGCAUUAGGAGUGAGCCAGAUUUUGAAUAGAAGUCCUGAGAGUAGCCUUUCAUUGAAAGUUACUCAUCAAAUAAGAACACUGGGACUAAAUGAAGAUUAUUGCCAUCUUCCUAUUCCCCCAAAAUUAAUACUUUCUGGGGAACGUAGGCAGCCCUGUUUUCUUGACUAUACCAGUGAGGAGUGGAGUUUCCAUGGUACUGAGUUUGAAUGGGGGAAGAGUGGCCUCCAUUAAAUAAGACAUGAUUUUAUUUAUUUAUUUUUUUAAAUGAAUGUUGUAGUUCCUGGAAUACAUGAUUGUUUGCUGGAUAGUCUUCAUGAUUGUUGUGUUUCUAACUGUCCCCAGUUUUGUAGGGGACCAGCUCCACGUAGCACUUUAUGCUUUCAUCUGGGAGUCCAGUCCAUAUGUUUUAGGUGUUUGCUGUCUUUUCAUGUGUGAGUAUUUUGGCUGCACAUAUGUAUGUAUACUAAGUGCAUAACUGGUGCCCUUGAGGCUGCAAAAAGGCAUUGAAUCCCUGCAACAGGAGUUACAGAUGUUUAUGAACCCACAGUGUUUGCUGGGAAUGGAAUCCAGGUUCUCUGCCAGAGCCGUAAGUGGUCUCACACACUGAGCCUUCUCUCCAGCUCCAUGUUUUAAGUUUUUAAGAAGUUGCCAAUUUCUUUUCUAAGUGGCUGUGUGUUUCAUAUUUCCUCCUAGAGCAUAUCAAAUACCAGGUCCUCACAUCCUGACAUUCUGUAAGUCAUGAGUUGUUCAUUUUAGCAAUUUUUAAAAAAAAGAUUCACUUAUAUAUUAUGUAU